AUGGAUCCUUUCAGCUCAGACGGCGAGCUCGUCAACAUCCACACAGCAUUCGUCCAAGGUCAAUACCAAUCUGUGCUCGACGACUACGAGACGUUCUCCUUCUCGCCCGAAAACGAAGUCCCCGUCCAAGUCCUACAAUAUCGAGCGCAAUGCGCAUUAGGUCAAUAUACCGAAGUGAUCAGCUCAAUCAGCGAUAAGGACGCCAAAUCAACGCCCGAUCUUGCAGCAGUCCGAACAUACGCUUCCUACCUCUCUAAACCUACGGAUGAUGCAGUCGCAGAAGCAGAACGCCUUGCUGAGACCAGUGGCAACAAUCUUACCGUAGAGCUUCUCUGUGGCACUAUACUCGCCCGAGCUGGCAAGCCAGACAGCGCUCUCUCCCUCCUGUCGAAACAUCAAGGGUCGCUCGAUGCAGUGGCCCUCAUAAUCCAGAUCCAUCUCUCACAAAACCGCACCGACCUCGCACUGAAAGAAGCAAAAUCCGCCCGAUCCUUCGCACAAGACGCACUCCUCGUCAACCUCGCAGAAUCCUGGAUUGGAAUGCGACAAGGUGGUGAGAACUACCAAAAGGCCUUCUACGUGUUUGAGGAAUUGGCUCAGGCUCCCAGCUCGGCAAGUGCGAGCAGUCUCAUAGCGCAGGCGGUGAGUGAACUUCACAUGGGGCGGGUUGAGGAGGCGGAGACUGCGCUGAACCAGGCCUUGGAGUUGGAGCCGGGAAAUAGUGCGGCGGUUGCGAACAAACUGGUGCUUGAUACAAUUUUGGGGAGGGACACGAGUGACUUGAGUACAAGACUGGCAACUGUGGAGAAGGAUCACGAAAUGAUAGGGGACUUGGCGGCGAAGAGGGAGGCUUUCCAGGCUGCCAUGGCGAAAUACAAUCCCAAAUUUGAGCCUUGA